GUGUUUGAAAAACGAAGGAUGAGCGUGGCGGAGCAGCUGCAGCGCACGCCGCGCGGCCGCCUCCGCUACGACCGGCGCCAGCUGAGCCCUCAGUCGCUGCAGGACGUCAUCGGCGAGAUCCACACCGACAUGGACUCGAUGCAGGUGCGACUCGCCUCGCCCGACAGCUAUACGUCGCCACCCAGCUUCGGCCUCUCGUUCGACUCGUCCGAGGACUCGCUGCUCUUACCGCGCGCCUCGCCAACCGCCGCCAACGGUAGCGCGAACAACACCGCCGCCGACGGCAACGCAGACCAGACCGCCGCCGACGGCAGCGCAGACCAGACCGCCGCCAACGCCAGUGCGGAUCAGACCGCCGGCCCGAGCCCUAAAAGCGCGGACCGACCCGCGGGCCUCGCGGAGCGGUCCUCGGGCAUGACGCCUCGUGUCGCCAGCUCACCGAACGGAGGACCGGCCACCAGCGCGCCGCGGUCAGAGGGCUCGCCGGCGCCGCUCACGCCCCGCGCCUACGAUCGGCUGCUGCACGAGGAGAAGCGGCGCCACCUGCAGGAGGCUAAGGCGCUGGCGCGCGACCGGCUGGCGGCCGCCGAGGUGGCGCUAGAGCGGCUGCACCGCCAGCACCAGAAGCGCCGACAGCAGCUGGCGGACGAGCUGCGCCAGCGCGACCAGCGGCAGCGCGAGCAGCGCCGCCUGGAGCGCCAGCAAAGCGACUGGGAGCUGCAUGAGGCGCACGAGCGCAUCCAGCAGCUGCAGCAGCGGCGCGCCAAGGAUCUAAGUGAGCGCGUGCAGGCGGCCGCGGAGCAGCAGCGUGCCGACGAGGAGGAAGAGCGCCGGCGCGCCGCCCGCGAGCGCGCCCUGGUGGACCAGAUGUUGGCUGCGCAGAAACAGAUGGGUGCCGUGAUUGCCCAGGUGGUGGCUGACAUCCGUGGCUGUCGGAACCGUGCCGGUCUGCAAGCUAGCCCUGCCGCCGCCCAGAUGGACCAGCUGAAAAAGCUGAUGGCGCGCAUGGACACGCUGGUGACGGAGCCGACGACGGCGCUGCGGCCUUCCGACGCCGAGGCGCUGGUGGCCGAGGCCGUUCAGCUCGCUGAGCUGGUCUCCAGCCGCAUUGAGACGAUCAACGCGGCGGCGGCGGCGGCGGCUGACACGGCAGCCAAGGCUGAGUCCGAACCGCCGGUGGCGCCCGCGGCACCGCCGCCGCCGCCAUCACCGGAGGUCGCCGCCGUGGAGACCGAGUCGCCGUCGCCGGCGACGGAAACAGCAGUUUCCGAUUUCGUGCAAGAGGACAAUCUGCUUUGGUGUGAUGGCUUGCGCGCAAAACUGACGCAGUUCCAGGCCGGUUUCGCUGACUUGCUGGCCGACCCGAGCCUGAAGAAGUUCAAGUUUGACUGCCAGAAGGCGGUCAACACGCCGAUCAACGCCAUCUCGCCGGUGUCGACGGCCCACCUGCGCGACAAGCUGGAGAAGCUGCGCGCGCUUCUGCGCGGGGAACCGGUGACGGUGUCCGGCCAGGGCCGGGUCACGGCCGCCGCCCACCCGCGUGGCGUCCAGUUUUGCCUCGAUCUUGUCGCCAAGAAGUUUGUGCGCCAGGGGGAGGACGUGGUGUCCAGCAAGCCGGAGGCGGCGUUCGCGCUGGCGGCAGUGCUGUGCGCGCUGACACUCGAGUUCCCGGAGCUGGCGGAGCUGACGCUGGCCCACUGCCAGGCGCGCUGCCCGUACCUGGUGCCGAUGUACCCGCCGCAGCUGGACGGCGAUUCGGACGAGGCCUACUACCGCAAGCUGGGCUACGACUACGUGGACGGCGUGGUGGAGCGCCAAGACAAGUUCCUGAAGCGGAUGUCGGGCGUGGCGCGCCUGUACGCGGCGGUGCUGACGGCGCGUCCGCCGCGCGCCGCCGGCGCCGCCGCGCGCCCGCUCGGCCUGCGCCUCGCCUGGCGCUGGCUCGCCUCGCUCGUCAACCUCGAGCCGCGCGCCGACAUCACCGCCUCGCUGCUGCACGACCUGCUGGAGGUAGCCGGUGCGGCGCUCGCCGCCGCCUACGGGGCGCAGUUUUUCAAGCUGGUGCGCCUCGCGUACGGCCGGUACCUGGCACGCGUGCGCCAGGCCACCCCGCCCGGCUGCGGCGGCCCGCUGGUGCGACUGGAGCAGCAGCUGAACGCGAUCGUACGCAUGGGGCGCGUACCGUCGCCGCCCGGCCAGCUGCAGCUGUUCAACUGGUGAGCGGUCAGGCGGCCGCGCCGAGUCGCUUCGCUCUCUGGGAGAACGGCAUUCGCCGUGGCCGGUGGCGGGGUCAUGACGUCACGGACGUCAGGACGUUAAGGGAAGCGCCUGGCAGCAUGUGCGUGGCAAGCAUCUGCUCGACAGACUAGUCUGGUCUCCGCCUCAGUGCACCGCCGCUGCUCACCCGUCGUCAGUUCGCACCAGACUUUGGCGAACGGUCCCAGAGCGAUUUGUCUUCACAAUGCAGAGCACGGGUUUGACGAUUGUUUGGUACCAUGAUAGUUGAACGAGUGAUUUUGUCGAGCGCCUGUAUCAGUGACGUAAUUACGUUUUCUGGGGCCAGGGAGGAGUUGUAAAGGGGCCUUUUUGCCUGUUGUUGCGACGCGCAUCGGUUGGGGCACGUGCUGUUGCCCGUUGGCCGUCAGUUUUGUCUCUCGGCGAGUGCUCGUUUGGUGGUGCAUGAGCCGUUCCUUCAGACUGCACGCAUGUUCAGGAUCAGCUCAUGCAUGUCAGUCUGUGCCAGGCUGUAUUCUGUGCUGCUUCAAUAAAAGUAAUUGCAUU